CGUACCGGUUUGCUCGAGGCAUUGCGGGCGGAGGCGGCGGCGGAGCGUGCCGUACGCAGUGUUGAGCGAGCCAACAUGGUCGUGGGAAGCUGGCUCGGGGCUGGGGGAGACGCGAGCAAUGGGUUGUCGGCGAUGGUGAUGCGGCGGAGAACUGGUGCGAGACCCAUUUUCCAAUUUCCAAGCUAACUAAGCCGGAUCACGUGCGUCAUGAUUGGACGAGGCUGCUAUGCGCCAAAAAUUGAGUAUUUUGCUCUCGCACAUAGCCUCGCAUGCAAGAGCGAGCGUCUUCGAGAGGUGCAGGCAGCGACUAGCGAUGCAGCAUCACAUGGCAGGCAGUCCAGAGGGUUCCGCGUGCAAGAGAUUUCGUCCGAGGACCCUAUAUCCUUCGGGGUGUACUUCGUUUCGCGCACCCCCUUCAGAAACGAGCGUCUUUGCGAGACACAAUCCAGUGCUGUUGUCUCAGGGGAGUAACAUGUUGCGGCUCACCCUCGACCCUCUGCGGGCGCACAAAAAGACACGUGAUACGCAGCAAUAUAGCCCUACUUCUAUACCCUUUCACUCAUGCAGGAAUUGUAAAAGGGCUCAAACGAGGGCUGCUUCUCUCUAGCAAGACUGGCAGUGCCGGGGCAGUGCCAGAACACACAGCGUCCCCAGGAGCGGGAGACGCCGUGGAGGUUCUUGCG